AUGGCUUUUGUUCGUGCACCAUCACUACAACCUUAUCUACUUGGUCCAGUUAUAACUCACACGACAGUCUCGCCUGCUUGUACUGAUAAACAGAAUCAGAUAGACACUCAGACCAGACAGGAUUUCAACCAAACAUCAGAGCUCCAGAAUCCCAUGGUUUACCUCGGACUGGUGUAUGUUCCAAUUUCAGCUCAGGAAGCAGAGGGAGCCAUAAAUAUACGAAACUGUAUUACAACAGCGCAGGGAAGUUCCACUAGCAGAUCAUGCUCAGCAGGGAACUAUCUGGAUAUCACGUAUGGGUACUGGAAAAAAAUGGCUUUGCGGUGCAUAGUCGAAAUUCCAUUCACAAAAAUGGAUUCUAACUGUAAUUAUCCUAUUGGCAGUAGCUGUACUAUAUAUGCCACCAACUCCUGGCUGGGUGGAAAUCCAUGUUCAGGGUGUACUAAAUCAUUGGUGUGGUAUUACAGUUGCAAAACAAUAUGGGGAAAUUGGGGAUCAUGGUCGUCAUGUCCCGGUGACUGCUCGACUCAGUCAAUAGUUAGAUACAGAUCUUGUGUCAGGCCAGGAGGAGGAUGUGGAACAGCUCCUUCACAAUCCAUGGGCUGUCUAAGAUAUGGCUGUACUUCAUCUGCAGAAUUCAGCAGGUCUACACCAAAUGACCAAGUCUACAAAACGCUUUCACCAAAUUGUUUCCUUGCCUUGGGGAGAACUUCCUUUACUUUUAGAGCGAAGGCUAACAAUGACAUUCAUGUGUUGCUGAAUACUGUGGAUUCCAGCUCUGUUGCUGCCAGCUAUGAAGCUAUCAUUGCCGGAUGGGCCAAUACUAAGACUGAACUAAGGAUAGAUGGAGCUAUGUGUGCUGAACAUUAUCAAGCACUUUUGAGCCAAUCCUGGUACGACGAGUUCUGGAUCUCAUGGUCUUCGAACACAAUCAAAAUGGGCACUGGAAAGUCAGUCGGCAGUAACACGAAAUUGAGCUGUACACAUUCCCCGAUGUAUGACAUCAAGUACAUUUUGAUCAGAACAGGAUGGGGUUCAACAGGACAAUGGAGGUUCCCUAACGAUGUUUCCUGUACCCAUGAAUUAAACGGCAACGUGAACGUUCCCACAAGUUCUACAGGUUGUAAUGGAGUCAGCACUUACGCAUGUAACUCAGGGUACAAACAGGUUGCUGGGAACACACAGCGAACAUGUUACGGAAAGUUCUGGACGGGAUACCCGCUUGUCUGUUCCGUUUCAACCUGCAAGAUUGACAUCCUGUUUAUUAUAGAGGCUUCCUCAUACACCUCUUCUAUAUACUCAGAAUUAGUAUCGGUUAUUGGUGAUUUGGUGAGGACUAUGCAAAUUUCAACCAGUAAUAUACAAGUUGGGGUGAUAUCCUAUGACAAUGCUAUCGACCAGAAUUUCAAGUUUAACGUUUAUACUACAGCGGCAUCGUUGGACACCGCAAUUACGGCAUUAACAAUACCAAGCGCCUCUACAACGGUUAACCUGGCCGAGGCAUUGCGUGUUGCAUUUUACGAUUUUUUUAAACUGUCAAAUGGAAACAGAUUUCAAGCAUAUAAAUAUUUCGUUAUUGUUGGUAAAUCAAGCCCUACAAAUGCCGGUUCAGCUAUUGGACUCAAUAUACGACAGGUGGCAAAGAAUCGGGUGUUCGGAAUCG